AAUAUUAAUAACAAAACAAAUUCGAGUAAUCGUACAUCCUCGUCGUAGAUUCCCAUUAGCGGAUAAACUUUGUAUAGUUAUAGUUAUCACUUAAUCAUGUCCAAGUCCUUGGUGAAAAAAGCUUUAGCAUUAGUUGAGGAAGGGCUCUCCGAUGCAGGCAAGAAGUCAGCAACAUCCAAAGACAAGAAGCGUAAAUCGGACGACUCCGAUAUCAUGCCUCGACACCACAAAAUGGUACGCUACGUGGGGAAAAAGGGCCACAAGGAAGCCAAGGAUGUUCUACGCCGGUCGGAAAGUCUCACCGUCAUGGAAGCUCGCAAACGGAUACAGAACCGCAAGGACAACACCGAGGACAACGUACGUAAAUUGCUUCUUUUGAGUUCGGCCGAUAUCGGAGAGGAAGCAGGUGCGAAAUUGGUGAAACGUGCGCAAACGGGACGGUAUGUGGUCAAAGCGGACGAGUUCCUGGACAAGAAGGAAAGCAAAGAGAGCGUGUUCGAUGAGGAGGACUUCAAGAAGUUUGAACAAGAGUUGUUUUGUAGUGUAUUGAAUCAAUGAAACUGUUAUAGGGUAAGUUUAA